AUUUGGCUCUCUCUGGGACCGCCAGCCAAGUCGAUCAGCUGCGCGGCGCCGUCGCCGCUGCUCCCGGCAAAGCGAAAACGAAAGUGCCGGCACGGAUGCGCAGGCUGAGCCAACCGCGGGAAGGGGAGGAGCUGAGCGGCGGCCGGCGGGGCAGAUCGGCUCGGCCUGGCGAUGGGGCUGCUCAGCUUUACGCGGGAGCCGGUGCCGGAGACGCUCAGUGCCGACAUGCAGCAGCUCAACCAGCUGAGCGCCCAGCAAUUCUCUACUCUAACUGAAGUAGUUUUCCAAUUUCUGCAAGAACCUAAAGAGGUUGAAAGGUUUCUAGCUCAGCUCUCUGAAUUUGCUGCCGUCAAUAAACUCAGCCCGGGCCGUUUGAAGAACAUUGUCAAAAGCCUCCUCUUGGUGCCAAACGGUGCCCUAAAGAGGACUCUGUCGGCAGAGCAGGUCAGAGCAGAUCUUAUCACUCUAGGGCUGAGUGAAGAAAAAGCUGGCUAUUUUGAAGAACAGUGGAAGGAGAAGUCUCCCACCUUUUGGAGUUACUGCUGGAAGCAGCGAACUGGGGAAGGCAGGAAGCAUCUUCAUGCAGAACUGACGCUGCCCCAGUUUUAUCGCUUUCUGCACGAGAUGGAAAGGAUGAAAACUAGCCUGGAGUGCCUCAGCUGACUUGCCUGUUGAGGGGCCUGCAAGUGUGUGAGGACCAGCAGAGACUGUGGACGAGAUCCUCCCCAACCUCCGUGUCUCAUUUGAGAAGCUUGAAUUCAAAGAUGGGAGCACCCGUUAAAGUUCUGACGGUCUGGCUCAGGUUCUCCAAGCCGUUAAGGGCCGGGGAGGAGGAAUGUUUUGUAAAACUUGUAAAAGUCCAAUGUUUCUCUUGCUGGGUGUAUAACAAGGUUUUCUGGGGCAGUGCUGACAAAUAAUGAUCUGUGAGCAAGAAUUAAGGAAACAAAAAUAAAAUUUAAAAAGUCA